UCAUUGGAAUAACUUUCAGUUUCUGUGCAGACUACGUGCGGUCAACUACAACUAAACAAAAUUUAAAAAUAUUAAACAGAUAUUUUUAAUAAACUUACAAAACCGUGAAUCGUAAUUUAUAAAAUCUAAAUAUACACAAUAUAAACAAAGUGGCACCUAAUGUUGCAAUAGUGUAAAUUUAUUACAAAAAAAACUUUAAUUACAAUCUCAUGUGUUUGCCACAUUAGGCGCACAGUAAAAAUAUUGUGAUACUUAAAAAAACUUUAGUUAAUUUUUUGUUUCUUCGCUAAAUUAAUGAAAAUUUUAAUAAUGAAUUUUCUGAGCAUAUUAUUGCUCAUAGCAAGUGUAAUUAAAAUAGAAUGUGGACAAAGUUCUUCCUACGGUAGAGGCUUUUAUAGUUCUGUAGUAACACCAACAUCACACUAUACGGUUCAUCAUGGUAAUCCUAGUGGUUUUAUUCCUUUGGCGUACAAAGGUGAUUUGACACCGGAAGAGAGUAAACAUAGAUCACCGUUUAAGCCUUCAAGAAAACGAAAUUAUAAAGGUUACAGUUCGGAUGAAGAUGAUAUUUCAUCAGAAAGUUAUACAUCUGAUGAAUAUUCAAAUGAAGCCAGACAUCAGCCAUUAAAUUCUAGGGAGAAUGAUAGUCGGGAAUAUACUAUUGGCACCCAUAUACGUGUCCAACACCCCAUUACUAUACCCAAAAAGACCACCAUACCAUAUCCCACAAAGAAUACAAAAUAUGCCACAAUAUCUAAUGUUAGUGGUUAUGGCAUAGACGCUUCACAUGAAGAGCGUGGAAAUGAACCCUAUUUGCAAUCAACAUCUUCGAAAAAACAAAAAUAUGCCAAACUCUAUGAACCUGAUCCAUUUCAUGUAAUUGCUCCACCCAACUCGAAAAUACCAGGUCAUCAUCAUCACCAAGCUGCAUCGGCUUCAGCUUAUGGUGGCAACUAUAAUGUCUUUGAGCCCGAAACAGAAUCAUACGAAAAUCCAGAUUUGGCCGUUAAACAUUUAAAGGCAAAUUUAAGAGAUCGUUACAAGGGUGUGGCAUCUAAGAAACAAAUUGAAAAAUAUCUCGAAGAUCAGGAAAAGUUAUUGGAUGAUGCCUUAAAGCUUCAACUUCUUAAUAGUUCCAAGUUUCAAAAACUUUUAAAAACGGCCGAAAAGGAACAUCAAUUCAAACAACCUGAAUUCGAAGAUGAAUAUAUUGCCAAUAUACCACCGCAAUUCCGUGAAAGUUUCCAUAAGGGUGUGCCACCAAAAUCAAUUCGUACUCGUCGCCGUCCACCCAAGUCCAAGUCGAGUUUAUCUAAACCAAAUCGAAAAUAUCGUUCAGCGUUUGUUAUUGAAGUUUGAAAAUUUUUAUAGACUUUGUUUUAAUUUAAGUUAAUUUUAUUUCUGUUUUAAUUAUAAAUUAUUUUAUCUGUA